GUGACGCACUAACCCGUCGAAUCGAAGAGUGGGUGGGUGGGUGGGUGGGUGAGGCUCGUCUUCUGCGGAAAGGGGUGCGAGGGGGCCGAGAGCGACGAUGAUGACGGAUCUUUCAGAGGGGGUUCCGCAUCGCAAAGGGCCCUGUCCAGAGGCAAAUGGGGCGUCGUCAUCUCAGCCGGCGGGGGAAGGGGAGCCUGCCCCUCGAGGCCCGGGCAUCCGCAGCAAAACCAGGCGAUGGGAGCAGGAGGAGGCAGUCCCUCCCCCUCCCAAGAUCUUCUUUCUCCCCUCCGAGGUCGCCCAGCACGUCAGCUUCGACGACGCUUGGGUGUCUCUCCUAGGUCACGUGUUCGAUCCCACCAAGUUGGUCCGCGACGACGGCAGCUUCCUUUCCCAGACCCUCUGCAAGAAUGCGGGUCGGGACAUAACCCACUGGUUCGACCCAGCCACGGAAAAUGUCAAGACCUACGUCGACCCAGUCUGCAACCUCACGUGCUUUUAUACCCCCCAAGGUCGAUUUAUUCAUGUGCCUCCCUCUCUCACACCCACCACCACGUGGAAGAAUGUGCCCCCUCCAGAUUGGUGGAAAGAUCCGCGGUACUGCGUGGGGAGACUGAGUCUGAAGACGCAGAGGAUAAGAAUGAAGAACGUGCUGACGGAUCACGAGAUAAUAAUGGAGGCGCCGUGCGAAGAGACGGCGGAGGAGAUACAAGAGAGGUACCUGCACUACAACAGACACUCGAAGGCGUACACGUGGAAGGCCAUGAGGAGAAGUGUGUCCGAUGACAAGUACAGGUUCAAGCCGCUGGACAUGAAGAAGACGCUGGCAGAAAAUGGGAUUCAAGAUUACUCCAGAUUCGCAAAUGACACCCUGAUUCCUGCGGAGCACCUGCUGCCGAUCAUCUACCUGUACUUCAACGACGACCUCACCGUCGCGUGAGAGAGAGAGAGAGAGAGAGAGAGAGAGAGAGAGACGGUUCUGUAUCCCUCAUUGUCUUCCCUCACUUACCGCCAGAUUGCCUCUCACCCAGC